AUGUCUUCAAGCGGCAAUGGCGGUGCUCCUCCCGUAGGACAGGAGAACAUCAACACAGAUAUUGUUACCCUCACCCGCUUCCUCACAGAGGAGCAGACCAAGGUUCCAGAAGCCACCGGUGACUUCACACUACUCUGCCACGCUCUCCAAUUUGCUUUCAAGUCUAUUGCCUACUACAUUCGUCGCGCUUCCUUGAUUAACCUGACUGGUUUGGCUGGUUCCUCAAACACGACUGGCGACGAUCAGAAGAAGCUUGACGUCAUCGGCAAUGAUGUGUUCAUCUCCGCCAUGAAGGGCUCCGGCAAGUGCCGUAUCCUUGUUUCCGAGGAGGAGGAAGAGGCUAUCAUCUUCGACGAGCACCCCAACGCCCGCUAUGCCGUGGUCUGCGACCCUAUCGACGGUUCCUCCAACCUUGACGCUGGCGUUUCGGUUGGUACCAUCUUCGGAAUCUUCAAGCUUCCCGAUGAGGUUCUCGGUCCCAACAACAAGGUCACUGCUCAAGACCUCCUUCGCCCCGGCACGGAGAUGGUUGCCUCUGGCUUCACCAUGUACGGUGCCUCCGCACAGCUGGUGAUCACCAUGCGCAACGGCGGUGUCAAUGGCUUCACCAUGGAGAACUCUCUGGGUGAAUUCAUCCUGACACACCCCAACAUGCAGCUUCCCGCCAAGCGGGCCAUCUACUCGGUCAACGAGGGUAACAGCAUGUACUGGGAUGACUGGGUGAACAAGUACCUCCACUCGCUGAAGUACCCCGGUGACGGCCAGAAGCCUUACAGCGCGCGUUAUAUUGGUAGCAUGGUGGCCGAUGCCUACCGGACUCUCCUCUACGGUGGUGUUUUCGCCUACCCGGCUGAUUCCAAGAGCCGCAAGGGCAAGCUGCGUAUCCUCUACGAGUGUGCCCCCAUGGCUAUGCUUUUCGAGAACGCAGGUGGUCGGGCAGUGAACUCCCAGAUGGAGCGUCUUCUGGAGGUGGUUCCGGAACACAUUCACGACCGGAGCGGUGUUUUCCUGGGCUCGAAGGACGAGGUACAGAAGAUUAUCGACACGUACAACCAGCACCACAAAUGA